AUGGAGUUCAUUAACCUUAGGAUGGGGGCCAUGUCCAUUUCAGAAUACUACAGUAAGUUCAUAGAGCUAAUGAGAUUUGCACCUGAAGUAGUACCCACUGAGGCUCUUAAGGCUCAAAGAUUUGAGCAAGGCUUGACCCUAUCUUUGCAAGGAAAGCUCGGAGGAGCCACCUUUAGCACCCUUGAUGAGGUUUAUGGGAGAGCUGCCCACUUGUAUGGGAUUAGAGGGAAGGAACUAGAGGGAAAAUCUUCAGGAGAAAAGAGGAAAGGGAAUGGCAACUACCCAAACCAGGGGAAUGAGAAAAAGUUUAAGGGAGGAAGCGAAAGAAGAGAUGGAAGAAACCUUGGGGCUAGGACCAAUGAUGAGACUUCAAGGAAUCAAUCAGGCGGAGAGAGGCCCAAAAGGGUGUUCCAUUGUAAGAAGUGUAAUAAGAACCACCCAGGAAAAGAUUGUGAAGGGAAGCCAGUGAUUUGUAGGUAUUGCCAAAAGCUAGGUCAUCGUGAGUAUGAAUGUUACUGGAAAUCUGAAGGAAAACCACCUAUUCCUGCCCAGGAUAACAAGACCAUAGCUUCUAACCCGUCAAAUCCUACUCAACAAUCUGGGAGUGCUAAGCCAAUAAAAAGGAAUGGAAAUAGUCAGACCAAGGGGCGCAUCUUUGCAAUAAAUGGUCGUGAGGCCGAGGCCACAUCUGAUGUGAUAGCUGGUACUUUUUCUGUUAAUUCUAUGCCUGUUAAAGUUCUAUUUGAUUCAAUAGCAUCACAUUCAUUCAUGACUAGGACCCUAGGUGAACGUCUAGGACUAGUCAGUCCAGAAUACAUUUCUGUCAGUUUUGCAUUACCAUCAGGAGAAGAAUUGCAUUGUUCUAAGUUGUAUAGGCAGGUACCUCUACUUAUAGCAGGAAUAGAAUUCCCGUCUGACUUGAUUGAGUAUGAGAUGAAAGACCUAGAUGUCAUCCUUGGGAUGGAUUGGCUUGGAAAAUAUAAGGGUCAUAUCAAUUGUGAGGCUCAAAAAGUAAUUUUAACCGGACCAAACAAGGUUAGGGUGACUUACAGGAGGGAAGGGAAACAAAAGGGCCUACGGAUAAUUUCUGCCUUGCAACUACAGUCUUGUAUAAAGAAAGGGUACCCAUUGUUUAUGUGUAGUGUCCAAGAAAUAAUGGAAGAGGUUGAACCUAGCAAGGUGCCAGUGGUGAGUGAGUUUCCAGAUGUUUUUUCUGACGAAAUUCCAGGAAUGCCGCCAGUGAGAGAUCUUGAUUUCACCAUAGACUUAGUGCCCGGAACAGGACCAAUCUCUAAGGCCCCAUACUGA